AUUACUCGGGGAUUUCCCACACACGCAAUGUCAGCCCGGAUCAUCGGAAGAAAACUGAAACAAAUGUCAAGAAUUGGAACGAUGGCUACAAACUCUGCCAGUGACUUAGAAGGAGAAGUUAUACGGUCUUUUAUUUCCCUAGAGUCAUUGGAUCCAAAUAUUUUCAGAGCACCGAAAGAAAAUCUUUGGCACCCAAAUAGAAGUAGGUUUAUUUUUGGUGGCCAGGUCGUAGGUCAAGCUCUUGUAGCAGCCUGUAACACAGUAUCUCCAGAUCAUCUUGUUCACAGUCUACAUUGCUACUUUCUAAGAGGAGGUAACUCUAACUGGCCAAUCCUUUACCAUGUAGACAGAACACGUGAUGGGGAAACCUAUGCCAGUAGAUCUGUAAAAGCUACACAAGAUGGCAAGGCUAUAUUUACCAUGCAGAGCUCAUUUAAGACGGAUGAGAAACAAGUUUAUAGGUACACCAUGGAUAUGCCUAAAGUGAAAGGGCCAGAGGAAUAUUUGGAUGCAAAUGAGAUUCUCAAAAUGAGACUAGAUGAAGAUGGUGUUUCAGAUAAAGAAAAAGAACAUAUAAGUAGAACACUAGCGGAAGAGAUACCCUUGUUGAUAAGGCCAACAGAACCAGAAAGCUAUUAUCGUAUAAAAACUGGAAAACCAGAAAGACUUCUAUGGAUGAGAGCCAACGGGAAUAUUGGUGAUGACAAUAAACUUCAUCAAUGUGUGGCAGCAUACAUGUCAGAUUUCUCCCUGCUGGGGACAGCACUACAGCCCGGUGGACCGAACUUUGAAACUCGAUUUAUGACCUCAUUAGAUCAUACGCUAUGGUUCCAUAAUCCAUUUAGAGUUGAUGAGUGGAUGCUGUAUGAAUCUUUUAGUCCUCAUGCUGGAAAUGGAAAAGCUUUGGUGUUGGGAAGAGUGUGGAAACAAGAUGGAACACUUGCCAUGUCUGUGGCCCAGGAGGGUGUGGUCAGAAACACCCCUGUGUCAAAAAUGUAGAAUGUUAUAAAUGUUCUACCUAUAAACAAUAAAGGUGUAAACCUGAUUUGAUGAAUAUGAAUUCUGAGAAUAAAACUAUGGAAUUGUUCAUUUUAUAAAAGGUUGAAUCAGAUAGUGAUAGUUAAAUGAAAAGGCUUGUGUAACUGGAAAGAACAGAUUGAAAAUUCAGUACAGAAUGGGUGUAUCACAUGUGAAAUAACGAAAGAAAUGCAACAGUAUUGUACUAUGUAGUUGUAUUAAAUAAUAAGAUGAAGGCUUUAAAUUGGAUUUUGGAAUUUUCGAUAGCAACUUUUAUUUACAUUAUACACAACCAUUUAUUUUUGAGAAGUGGAAAAGCAAAAAUUCUAUUGCAUUGUUUAGUAGUUUGAAGGCAAAUAAAAUUUCCAAAUUUUGAAUUUAUAUUUUUGUAUUAUUAUUGAAGAAACUUAAGAUAACAUUUCACAUUUCAACAUUUUAUUAACUGUGAUAAUUUUUAUUUAACAUUCUUUUAUGUCACAUAUUUUAUCAGGUUGUAUCUGGGAAGAUGGAUCUGUUGUUGAUCUUCUCAGGUUGGAUGUAUUACAGGAAAUGAAAUAUUGUAUUAAUGUUAUUUGUUAUUGUUAUGAAAAUUUUGACUUUGCAAUGCAUGAAAGUUACCCCUAUGCUUAUUUAUUAUGUAUGCUUGUUUUUAUUUGCAUUUUGUUAAUAGACUGCAUACAGUCCCUACAAAAUGAAAAUGUUAAAAAGACUUCACUUAGCUUUUUUUGCAUGACAUGAUUUGAUUUGGGUUUGGACUUCAAAAUUUCAGAUCAUUCCCCCAGAAUAAAAUUAUUUUUUCAAAAUGGCCAAAAAAUUAAAACCAUUACAAUGCUUUCCACUCAAACGGGGGAUAAAAUCAUGCAAAAAUUUUAUUUUCAGUUUUACUUUGAGUCUAUUCCUUUAUUAUUUUUUUGCAAAUUUUUCUGUUUAUAAUGCAACGCUUAAUCUAUGCAAGAAUUUCAAAUUUCAUAUUUGGGGCUUUUGACUUCAGUAUAGCUCCUUUAAAUAUUGUUGUCUUGGAUACAGAGUAUCUUGGAUGGCAAGGGUAAAGACACCAAAUACACACUGAGUAUCUAAACACCACAGAUUAUUAUCUCCAUUAUUGAAAAUAUGAUAAAAGGAUUAAAAACAAAACAAAAACACAAUAAUGAAUUUUUCAAGAAUUUUUUUCGAUUUUAUUCAGCUAUCUCAGUUGACAAAUAGCAAUUGAAAUGACGUAAACACUCUUAAGAGAUGUUUAAGUUGAGUCUUCAUAUUUGGCACCAAAUACAUGUAAAUAUUAUACAAUAAAACAUCUAUGAAUGUAGUGUCAUUCUGUAUUACUGAAGACAAAAUUGCUGAAUAUUGAAAAUUUCAGAAACAAACUUGGUAUGGUAGAACAUGUUCUUCAAAAGGAAAAGUUACUUCAUUGUUAUAUUGUUAUCCAAUUUCUACUUAGUCAAACAUGUGGCCUGUCUUCUUUUAAAUAUGCCUGUAAACUUUGUUAUUGUUUUAGACUUUAAUUGUUUUUAUCAUGCCCAUACACUGUUCAAUAUUUUUUAAUGAUACUGUUAAAAGAUUGAGAGCAGUCAAAUUAGAUAGAUUAGGUAAGUAUAUCUAGGGGUUUCCUUAUUGUUUACCUAUGUAAUUUAUCAUUUGCAAUUUAAAUUUCUUUUUCCGCCUUAAUUCUUUUGAUUUGACAAUUAUAUGAAACAGUUUAUCUAAAAUAACAUAGUCAAUCUUUAGAAAUGUUGAAGUCUGCUUUAACAUGUCAAUCCUUUACAAAAUACAACGUAAACAAUACAAUUUUGUCAUUUAGACAAAUUUAAUCAUCACCUUAGUGUAGUAAUGGGUUAACUCCUAUUAAAUUUGAUAUGAGGUUAAAAGUAAGCUCUUUGAUGUAUGAUAUCUUGUUGAGCAUAUUUGCACCAAGUUUUUACCCAUUGAUGUGAGUUUCAGUCCUAUUAAUGUCUGUUAGAUUUUAUAAUACAAAUCAAAAUAUGUGUAAAGAUUUGAUAUGUUAAGUACUUUUAUGCAUAAUGUUCUAUUCUGUUACAUAUUUAUGGUGUCAGUGUUUUGUUUGAAGUACAGAAUACUUGUUUUAUUACAUAGUCAUUGUGACAGUGAAAUUACAUGUACACUUAUGCAUGUAUUUUACUUUGAUAUCAAAUUUGAAAAUACUUGUGUAUUUUUAUAAACUGUUAAUUUAUAUUGCAAAAUAGAAAUGUUAGGAAUAAAA